AUGGCGGCCGAGGGUGAGGGUAUUGCGGCGGUUCCGGUGGCGGCAUGUCCCCCGCCGGCGAGUGUUCCUCCGGCGGCGUCGGGUUCUACAAUGCUCGAUGCGACGGUCGAAGAAGUGGAGAAAGAGCGCGUGCUUGCGGCUCUUAUGAAGUUCCGAAAGUUUGACCCACCGAUCUUCGAAGGGGAGAAGGUCGAGCCGUGGAUGGUCGAGUCAUGGGUGGACUCGAUGGAGACCUUAUUCGAGGAUCUUUACACAUUGGAGAAAGAUAAGGUCUACCUCGCCACACAUUGCUUAGAGUGGACGGCGAAGGUAUGGUGGAAGCGAAUUAAGCGCAAUCGGGCUUCCGAUCUUCCGCCGUUGUCGUGGGAAGAGUUUCGAGGGUUGUUCUGUAGCAACUACUUCCCCGAUAGCGAGAAGAAGAAGCUCCAGGAGCAAUUCAGGAAGUUGAAACAGGGUAACCGCACGGUGGCGGAAUAUGAGCGGGAGUUCUCACAUAUUAUCGACUGCGUCCUUGAUGUAGUGCGGGAUGAUCGAGAUCGAGCCGAUUGGUUCGAGCGAGGACUCCGGUCGGAUAUCUACAAGGCGGUUCACAUCCUGAAGUUUACCACCUUUGCGGAGGUGCUAGAUCGGGCAUUGUGGGCGGAACAGGGUAAUGCUCACGUCCACGAAGAGCGAGAAGCGUCCGAGAGGGACGGUGGAAAGAAAUGA